GAUGCUCUAAAGAGAAAGAUUUUGUGUAACUUGUGAUUGUGAAAUAGUCAUGAUCAUGCAGGCACCUCAGAUAAUCUCGAAAGAGCUCAUUAGACCCUCCUCUCCAACACCAAAUCACUUAAAAAAUUUCAGUCUUUCUUUGCUGGAUCAGCUCUCUCCUAAUUUUUACCUUCCAAUUGUCAUGUUUUACCCUGACAUGGGACUCAAUGCCAGUGACAUUUCAGAUUUACUUAAAAAAUCUUUGUCCGAAACUCUAUCGCUUUAUUACCCUUUUGCAGGGAGGCCUGCAAGUAAAGGUGUCAUCGAAUGUACUGAUGAAGGGGUUGAAUUCUUUGUAGCCCGGAUGGAUUAUAAGCUAGCUGAAGUUCUUGAUGAGAUUGAGCCGCGAAAAAUUGAUCUGUUCUAUCCCAAGGGGGUUCUUUGGAAUGAAUCAUAUGAGGGCAGUCUUCUUGUCACUCAAGUCACGUUUUUUAGUUGCGGUGCUUUGGCCAUUAGUAUGUGUUUUUUACACAAGAUUUCUGAUGCAGGAACAGUAGCUAUAUUUCUUAGUGAUUGGGCAUCACUGGCACGAAACUCGGGCUUGAAUCUUCCACCUCCAUAUUUCAUUUCAAAGUCACUCGUACCCCCCAAUGACGCGCCAGUUGUUAAGGAAGUUACCAGGAUUGAGACACUAGAUGAUUGUGUCACACGCAGGUUUGUUUUUGAUGCUUCAAAACUAGCUGAGCUCAAGGCCAUGGUAACAAAAUUUGGAGUGCCUAAUCCUUCCCGAGUUGAAGUUGUAGGGGCAUUCAUUUACAAAUGUCUUAUGGCAGCAAACUUUAAGGCAAAGGGUGAAUCUUCAAGGCCUUAUCUCUUCAUUCAGCCCGUAAAUUUAAGGUCAAGAACUACACCACCAGUUCCAGCAAAUUCAGUUGGUAAUUUUGCUUGGUUUUCGACGGUUAUGGUAAAGAAUGAGAGGGAAAAAGAAUUGCAUAAUUUGGUUAGUGCAAUAAAAAAUGGAAUGGCACAGUUUAAUGAUCGGUUUGGUAAAAACCAGACGUCGAAUGAAUGCUAUGCCAUGAUCUGUGAUAUGAUGAAGCAUAUGAUGAACAAGGGUCUGAGUGAUGAAUGUAAUGUUUACAAGGGAUCAAGCUUGUGUAGGUUCCCAUAUGAUGAUAUUGAUUUUGGGUGGGGGAAGCCUAUAUGGGCUGGCCUUUCCAGCAGUGUUAUAAGCAACACUUUUGCAUUAAAGGAUGCACCAGAGCGUGGAAUCGAAGCCUGGAUCACUCUUCAAGAAGAAGAGAUGGCUUUUUUUGCAUCUGAGGUAGCUACUCUCGCGUGAAGAAGUUCACAAAAUUAUCAAACUAAUAACAAAAUUAGAUAUGAAGUGAGCUGUGGUCUAUCUUGUAUCAAAAGUUUCACUGCAAAGGUUAGCCAAACCGGUUAUAUAUAUGUGUGUCUAUUCUCGCAAGUAAAAUUCAGACCAAUAUCUUUAUCAUCCUAGGAUCGUAGGUUCGAUUUCAUUGGAAUGCAUGUUAGUAAGUGGACUGUCAUGCUCGGUGGAUACGAGUGUGCUAGCAGUUCUUCGAAUCAGUCGAGAUGUGCGAAAACUGGUUCGGACACUGGAUAAAAAAAUUACAGGACGCUUUUGACAUCAACAUGGUUGAAAUAUUAUCGCUUUGGAUUGUGGAGGCAUCAAAAAUCGAUAUGAUUUUUGAGUUUUCUAAUAUUAUUGUCUUAUGUAAUGGCCAAUUAGCACUGAAAACUCAGCCGAAGUGACGAGGCUACCGCCAAUUAAUUAGUUGCAUUUUGUAAUGACAAAUUAUGUAAGUUUUGUAUGAUAGUGCCAUGUUUCGUUACCUAA